CAACCGAUCGCACGAAUAGAACAUGGUUCCAUUCCUGCGAUCGCCUGCGACCGCAAUCGUACUCGAUCGCAGAGCUGUUCACAUAUAAUCGCAGACGAUCGCUGGCGAUCGAGUGCGAUUGCCUGCGAUCGUCUGCGAUCAUAUGUGAACCAGGGUUAACAAAGACGUAGCAGAAAGAUAGCUCAUCAUACUUGGCUCGUCUUAGAUAUUUUCAAAUUGGAUGGAAAACAGAAACGAUAUCGACAUAAACAGAUUCUGAAAGAGUCACAUGAAAUCCACCUGUCCGUCUCAUUGUCACUUUCUGUGAACAGGAAGCGAAAAAACUGUCGGAUGGCCGAGGGAGGCGAAGCUGAUUAUCCAACAACCGAUUCGAACUCCGAUGUUCCUGUGGAUGACUUCAGUAAUAGCGAAAAUGACAGCCAUUUCAGUGAGGACUCUAGUGCAGAUUACCGUGUUGAGAACCUUUCAAACAAAUCGAGAAACAUUAUCUUGAUGGGACCAAAGAGAUCAUCUUCCCUGACCAAACCAUUAAGUAUCUGUACCCAAAUGGAGCCGAGAAAUGUGCAUUUAGUGACGGCACUAUACAGAAAGUUAAGGUGGAUGGCGAGCGAACCAUUGAAUUCCCAAGUGGACAUGGGGAGACACAAACGAAAUUCUAUAAAAAAAGAGAAUACCCCGACGGGACAGUCAAGACGGUGUAUCCCGAUGGUCGCACAGAGACCCGUCAUUCUUCGGGACGGAUGUAGGUCAAAAGAUCGGGAGGUACGUGUCCUCGUCGAUUCUUCCCACCAGGAUAGAUAACAGAUGCUGUGACGUUGGAGAGAUUAAUCAAGCGCAUGUAGGAAAAUUAUCUUUGGAGGCUUUACAUCGAUAAAUGACAAUUUCUAAC